AUGUCCUCCCCUUCCGACAAACAAUUCACCGUCGCCAUUAUCGGCGGCGGGAUUGGCGGGCUUAGCCUCGCAGCUGGCCUCCUUCGUCGCUCCGUCCCUGUGCAAAUUUAUGAAGCGGCCGCUGAAUUCAAGGAGGUCGGCCUAGGCCUCACGAUCGGGCCUGCCGCGCACCGCGCAAUGCCCCUUAUCGACCCUAAAAUCAGAGAAAUCUACGAUGCUCUCAUCACCACUCAUGCGGACUCGCCUGGGUACGAGCGCUUCAAGGAGACCUGGUUCGAGGUGGUACGGGCGAGCGACGACGACGAGCUGGAUGGGCGGUUGGUGCUGGAUCUAAAGGCCAAGCCGAGCGGGCAGACGACGGUGCGACGGGCGGAUUUUCUCGAUGCACUCGUCAGGCUGGUACCGGAGGGGAUCGCGCACUUUGGAAAGAGGCUGGCAGCGCUGGUUGAGACAGGAGAUGGGGUGGAGAUGCGGUUUGAGGACGGCACUGCUGCCCGUGCGAGCGUAGUCAUCGGCUGCGAUGGGAUCCAUUCCAAGGUCAAACAGUUUGUUCUCGGUGCGGACGAGUACGCAGCCACUCAGCCUCGGUACUCGGGAAUGUAUGGGUACCGUGCCGUGCUGGACAUGGAGACGAUGGUGGAAGCCGUCGGCGACCAUCGCGCGCGCGUCUCAACUAUGUAUGUUGGCGACGGAGCGUAUGCGGUCACAUACCCGAUCAAACGGGCAAAGAAGGUGAACGUGGGCAUCUACCCCUUACACUCGGAAUGGGACCGGGAGAGCUGGGUGCGGCCGGCGAGUAAAGAGGACAUGCACAAUGACUUUAAGCAUAUGGGGCGCUUGAUAAACAGCUUAAUCGAGUGGGCGCUCUACGAGCACCCGCACAUCUCGACGUAUGCGAGGGCCCGAGUGGCCAUUCUGGGAGACGCGGCCCAUGCCUCGACGCCGCACCAGGGGGCCGGAGCGGGCCAGGCAAUCGAGGAUGCGCAUGUCCUGGCCGAGCUUUUGGGGGAUGCCAGAGUAGCGACUGCAGACGAUGUGGCUGCCGCAUUCAAGGCGUACGACCAAGUGCGGCGGCCACGCAGUCAACGAGUAGUAACGAGCAGUGCCGAGAACGCGUACCUGCUUUGUCUGCGGCUAGAUGGGGUGGGUAGCGACGAGGAGAAGUUAAAGAAGACACUGCAAGAGAGGCUGGCGUGGCUCUGGAAUGAGGAUGUACAUGAGCAGGCCGAGAGGGCGAGGAGGAUAAUGUUAGAGAUGAUAGGGCAAUGA